UGUUUUGUUUAACCCACUGUAUAAAAGUGACGAGCCGCUAGCUAGCCAUUUCAGUCUUUCAGUGUCUUAUCUCUGGCGCUAAUCGUUCGUUACGGCUCUCCUUUUGCUUCAUCAUCGCACUGCCUCUCGGCCCCCUUUUGAUUGAAAAAGAGUGGCCUGACUAGAGCGCAAAUCCACAUUGUUCUUUCGUCGGCUUUUCUCCAAAGAAAAACAACAACAAAGAAGUGUUUGGAAGGCGGAAGACGGGGGAAAAAAGUGAUCUUUGUUAGAUUGUUCUGUUGCAUCAGCUCUACUUUUUUUUUUUUCACUCGAGCGAUUAAAUCUUUUGCUGUCCACCUUCCCGUAUACACGAAAAGACGUUGCAGCCAUCUGUAAUUACACAAGAUAAUUAUAGAGAAACAUCAGAGACGAAGACGAAGACAUUAAGAGAUCCUUCUGGUGGAUUGCUCAUUUUUCAAGGACUACGGGGAGAACCGGAAUUAAACCGCAUCCAGCAGCCGUGUUGGGUACAUCGGUGUAUACAGUAUCGUGAACGAGCACCGUAAGGUGCAAUUGACAACAACAUCACGUGAUUGCAGCUGUCGAUUGUUUUGCAGACUCAGCUGGGCAAACCAAGAAACGAAGAAAACGAAAGAAAAAAGUCCACUGACUGCUGAUUCCGCUUUUGUAUUUCAGAAGAAACGGGAUACGAUGUCAACAUUUUAGCCACCAAAAAAAUAAACUUAAGAUCAACACAAAGUCAAAUACGACACGACGACACGUUGUUGAGAUCGUCAACGUCUCUCCGGCAAGAGGUUCCGUACAAAAAUGGUGUCGUUAAUAGCGACGAUUGUCGUUGUCCUGUUGUUGUCCGUGUCCGGACCACAGAUGGUCUCCGCGGCACCCAUUCGCCAACAAAGAGCAGAUGUUGGACAAAACGAAGACAGUUUGAAAUUAGAAGCUGACAGCAAUUUAGCCGAUGAUUGGACGGAACGGAAAUAUCCACCACCCACCGAUGAUGUCGACACGACACAUAAAUACACUCACGGUCACGGUAUCGUGACUAGUUCCCUAGUUCAAGAGCCUUCGCCAAUAUCGGAGGCUGUCGUCCAGCACAGCGUCCUAACAGACCAAGAGGAGCUGGAUUCAACAAUCAAUGAUUUGUUGUCCCAACUGCAAACGGAUCUGACAACCGGUUUAGUGUCAACUGCCGGAUUGCUUCCCGAUAUCAAUUUCAUGAACACAGACACAGAUGUCGUCAUCGUCGACGCCCCACCGCCCGUUGAGGCUGUCGAAGCUGAGGACGACGACGAGUUCGUCGAAGCCGUUGAAGAGAAUCAACCGAGUUCGGUGCCUGCUGUCUCUAAUUUAGCCAACUUGUUGUUUCCUCAAUCGGACAGCAGCCCGUCGUCUGCCGCUUCUUCAUCCAGCUCGUCGUCCAGCAGCGACAAUUUCAGCAGUGGAGGAAUACUUGGCGGUUCAGUAUCUUCCACGUCGAUUGCGAACCCUUUCGUUAUUCUCUUCAGUUACGGGUUGGCGGCCGUCAGCGUCUUUGCCUUGACUUUGCCACUUUGGGUUCCGUUUGUGGUCGCCAAGAGACGCCACGCGCUUGGCCCGUUAAGGAAGAAACUCUAUCCGCUCAACAGGAAGAAAGCAGCACCGCUAAUCCCUGCUAAUCAAACAAUUAAGCAACCGGAAAUCUAUUACCAACAGCAAGAAAAUGAAAAAUUACCAUACAGUCAUUACGAAGAGGGCUUCGGGGUGACCCAGCCCCCAAGCGCAGGUAUUGCUGAGAUGUACCACUUUGCUGAUGGCAGUCCAGAUAUUCCGGCCGAUGUCGGUUUGCAUCUCGGACCCUAUUCUGCUUUUUUCAGCAAUUCGUUGUGGCCGAAAUCGGACGAGCAAUUGAGCGAUCCAGGACCGCUCAAAUCGAAAAGCGUCUACGGUCCUAUAAGCAAUUUUUUCUUGAAAGCCGCGCAUAAGAAUUCCAUUAGAAGGAGAUUGCAAAAGAAAAAGCAAUAAAACGUAUUAUUAUUAUUAUUAUUGCGUGUAUUAUCAAAUCCCUCGCCCUUUUUGUUUAUUGUGGUGUUAAAUCAAUAGCUUGUAUUACCUCACUGCGUAAGGUUCGUUGGCUGUGCAUUCAGUCAACGGAUGACGUGUGCAUGACUUUAACCUUCGUUUUAAAAAACCUGCAAGGUCGUCCUCUGCACUUUUGAUUUCUUGAUGCUCGUGUACUUAUUGUGCUUUGUACGAUUUCCGUGGACCAGAAACCGUGCUAAGGUUAACGCUUUGAAUAUUUAAUUUUUCCUAACAUUUGCUUCAAAUAAACAUAAAAUCAAAGGCUU